GGUUCCAUCAUCGCCAUUUUGCAGUGUGGGGAGACAGUGAGGCCAGUCUCUUUUUUUAUGGCUAACGAAUAAAACCAAGCCGCUUUUUUAUGCGCUGAGGACAAAGAGCGUCGAGUCUCGUUUCUGUCGGUCAUGGAUGAGAACAGCGGUGCAGCUGUCCUCAUCACACACUCUUCUUCAUCUGCGGCCUCCUCUUCCCCCGUGCUGGGAUCCCGCUCUCAGAGGCGGCAGCAGGAAGCCAAGGAAGCUCCCCGCCAUUUUCAGCUGAGACAAGCCGACGACUCUCUCAUCCAAGUCAUCGAGAAGCUCAGUAAGAUCGUUGAGAAGCAGCCCCAUCGGCGGGGCACCCUGGGGGGCCAGAAGCGGGUGCUCCAUGUGGCAACUUCUGCGGGAGGGGGUGCCGUUGAGGAGGCUUCUGCGUGUAAGAAAGUUAAAAGGCACUGUCCGGAGGAGGCCAGGAAAGCGGGCGGCCAUGACGGCGCUCUCUCCUCACCGGCGUCGGGUGACGACAGCAACAACAACAGCGUGGCCACGGGCGGGGCCCAGAGGCGGACGGUGACGUGCUACCAGUGCAGCCUGUGCCCCUUCCUGUCCCAGACGCUGCCCCAGCUGAAGGAGCACCUGAAGCAGCACAACGAGCAGCACAGCGACCUCAUCCUCAUGUGCUCCGAGUGUCACUUUGCCUCCAGAGACCAGGCUCAGCUGGAAGCUCACGUCCGGCUGCACUUCGACGAGGGAGGGGACACCAGGGGCAGCUCUGCACCUUCAGACCUGGAGGGGAAGGAGGAUGUAGACGGGGGGCGCAGCAGGUUGCAUGGGGAGGGGGUCCAAGGCUCGGUGGAGAGCUCCAGGAAGAGCUGGUACAAGUUUGAGGAGUAUGGUCUGUACCGCUGCCUGAUCUGCAGCUACGUCUGCACACAGCAACGGAUGCUGAAGACCCACGCCUGGAAGCACGCCGGCCUGGUGGAUUGUUCCUACCCCAUUUUUGAGGAGGAAGAUGGGGGCUCCGCAAAAAAAGAGGUGCAAGUUCCUGCCAACAGCGUGGCCCCCAGGGAAGACAUCGUCGUGCUUUCUCCCGUUCUUCAAGACCAGAGCCUGCAGAAACUCCCCUUCAAGCUCCAGCUCUGCGUGCCUCUGACCGUCGAGAACAAGGAGGACACGCUGAAUCUCACCGUUCCCGGUCUCAGUCAAAGUCCAAAAGCCGCAAAAGGGGAGGAGGACAGCGAGUACCCCAAAGACAUGGGCUCAGAGGAGCCUGCGGUGGAGGUGCAGGUGACCACUGAGGCGGAGGCCGAGCUGGAGUUGGACGGUCGGCGCGGCGGCUCCUCUGUGCCGGACAGCCUGCUGUCGUCAGCUCAGAAGAUCAUCAACAGCAGUCCCAACAGCGUGGGCCACAUCAACGUGAUCGUGGAGCGGCUCCCUUCAGCUGAAGACUCGCUCCUGGUGACCAAGCCCCUCCUGCUCGGCCCGGACAUGGACCGGGACAAGGGCUUGCUGGCUGCUAAACAGGGAGAGCAGGACUACGCAGCAGACGUCGCCGCUGACAGUCAGCCUGCAGGGGGCGACGUCAAACCCCCUGGUAUCAAAAGCAGCGACUCCUCGAGGGAUGAGAACAUCCCGCCUGCCGGUCGCAAGAGGACCCACUCCGAAUCCCUCCGCCUUCAUUCUUUGGCCGCCGAGGCUCUCGUUGCCAUGCCGAUGAGGAUGCCGGAGCUGCCCGCCUCCGGCGCCAAAGUGAACCUGACGCCGUGCGCGGGCCAUAAGCUUUUGGAGGCGGGAAAGAAAGCUUCUGACAAAGGGAGCGCAGCAGCUCUGCUGAAUUUAGAGCUUGGCAGCGAGGAAGAUUUAUGUCCACUGGCCGGCGGAGACGACGAGAGCCCCUCCACGAAAGCUGGCAUCAGCAUGUCGCUGCUCACCGUCAUCGAAAGACUCCGAGAGCGCUCGGACCAGAACGCCUCAGACGAGGACAUUUUGAAGGAGCUGAGGGACAACGCGCAGUUCCAGCGAAGCGGCCUGGCUGGCGUGGUCGCGGAGAACGGAGCGGAGGGCUACAUGUGCAGCAUCCCCGGAGGAGACGGGCUGCCUCCCGAUGGGGGCUUGGUGGACUACGUCCCCGGCAGCGAGAGGCCGUACCGGUGCCGUCUGUGCCGCUACAGCAGCUGCAACAAGGGCUACAUCAAGCAGCACCUGCGGGUGCACAAGCAGAGGCCGCCGUAUCAGUGUCCCAUCUGUGAGCACAAAGCCUCUAACAGCAAAGACCUGGAGAACCACAUGAUCCACCACUGCAAGACCAGGACGUACCAGUGCAAACAGUGUCCAGACAGCUUCUACUACAAGAGUCAGUUAAGAAGUCAUGAACGGGAGCACCUCAGCGUCGGGGGCGACGUGCCGGCCCUCACGGCGGUCGCAGAGGCCGUCGCCUCAGUGGAAGACGCCGACAUGGGAACGGACGAAGAGGGUAACGCGCAGAAGAUGUUCAAAUGCGACGUGUGCAACUACACCAGCUCCACGUACGUCGGAGUGAGGAACCACCGGAGGAUCCACAACUCUGACAAACCGUACCGCUGCUGUAGCUGCGACUUUGCCACCACCAACAUGAACAGCCUGAAGAGCCACAUGAGGAGGCACCCCCAGGGGCAUCAGGCGGUGCAGCUGCUGGAGCAGUACAGGUGUUCCCUGUGUGGAUAUGUGUGCAGUCACCCCCCGUCUCUAAAGUCCCACAUGUGGAAACACGCCGGAGACCAGAACUACAACUACGAGCAAGUCAACAAAGCCAUAAACGAGGCCAUCUCCCAGAGCAGCCGAGCUCCUCAUAAGUUGGCUGCAGUGGUGGAGUCCGUGGCUGAGGGUCCCGCGGGGGCCGCACCCUUAAAGGAAAAGGUCAAGCUGGAACCUCCCUCGCCGCUCCCAUCGGCAGCCAAAACCGACGGCGCCUCGGGCGUCCCCGCACUUCCCGCCGACUCCUCUCAGUGUCCCCAGGAAGCUCCGCCCCCCCAGCAGAAGGACCCCGAGCAGUCUAAAAGCUGCCCGUGUGCCGGCCAGCCGCCCCCCACCCCCAGCAUGGAGUACUGCGUCCUCCUGUUCUGCUGCUGCAUUUGCGGCUUCGAGUCCACCAGCAAGGAGCGUCUGAUGGAGCACAUGAAGGAGCACGAGGGCGCCAUCAUCAGCAUCAUCCUCAACAAGGAGCAGCAGCAGGCGGAAACCCAGGCCAGCCUCCAGAGAGCUCAGUGAGACCCCCCCAGGACUGCUCCCCCCGCCUCUGAAGGUAACAGGAGUCCACUUCCAAGCAGAUCAGCAUUUCAGGUUGAGGAGCUUUGACCCAAGUAAGAGUCUGUCAUACCUCAGCAGCACCCAGCUUCUCCUUUGACUGGAAGGCAGCUCUUUAUCGCUACUGUAAUAUUUAAUGUGUUCAAUCCAAGUCAAGCCAGGCUCCAACCCAGUAAAGGAGGUACUGAACAUCCCCUCAUAUUCAUCCGUUUGCAUUUUUUAAAUCCGGAUCUGAAACCGCUUCAGCCGCUGGAAUCCUCCACAGCUUCUGGACGUGUGGGAGGAGCCUCUUUCACCUCGCCGCCUGCUGCUUACAAGAACUUUUCAAAGAAAAGGGAAGAAACAUUUUGAACCGAACGGUGCCAAGUUUCCAGAGAGCAGGAAAGUGUAGAGAGAACGUCACCUGUGAUUGUGGUGCUCAUUUUAGUUUUUUUUUGUUUUUUAAUAUAUAUUCAGUCUGUUUUUUUAAAUGUUGUGUAUAGGAAUGUUUGUAAUCUAAAUCUCUGGUGUCCAGAAUGGAUUAUUGUCCCCGAUGAGCACGGCUGAACCGAGACGCAGAGAUGGAGACCAGAUUUAAGGGGGCAUUUCUCUGAGGACCCCAUCUCUGCGUCCUCCUGUGACGAGCAGAAGCGGCCGUAGAAACAUGGAGAUCUGCACAGAUUACCAGUGGAAACCGUAAUCCACCAUUAACUUCAUCUCCCAGGAUUCUCUGCUGUAGGAAUGGUGACCGUCUAAGAAGAAGGCAGUGAAUACAGCUGGAGUUGCACCUGAAUGUGAGGUUUCAACUUUCUGUUAACUCCCGUCUCCUGCUUGGCGUCUGGGCUGAAAUGACUGGAAGAGGCCUUUUCACACGGAGCAGCAGUCGGAUGAGAGGUUUGCUGAUGAUCCGGGGAAAAUCCGGAUCACCUUUCUCCACGUGUUUCCAAAACGCGUUUCUGAGCGGCACUUUGAUCGACCGUAGUUCAAAAGUGCUUCACGGUGGAGGUGGACCUGCAGGAAACGUGCGUUUUGGGCCAGAAAACAAUCCGUUUGUGAAAACAGUGUCAUUGAAAUGUGUCACAAAGACAGACAACCCCGGAAAAAUGGACCCGCAAAAUCAAAUACCGCUUUUAUAUUCUUGUUGUUUAGCAGAAAAACAAAAAAAGGAAAGCUGAGAGUCGAUUCAUUUCAGUCCAGGUCCUUCUGGAUGAUGACGAUACGUUAAAUAAAGUUUCAUGACGUCAUCCCAAACCCCAAAAUGAUCACUUUUUAGGCAUUGCUGCUGUUUUUUUGUUUGUUUUUUUAACCGAAAUGUUUCAAUUAAAACAAGGAAUUUCUUUGUAGUUCACAGUUUGGGUGUUUCUGCAAAGUUAGAUCUCUGAUCAAUUCUCCAGACCUUCUAAAAAUAAUAAAAAACGGACAAGUAUGCAGUCAAAUCAGGAUCAGCUUAGAGGGAAUGAGGCACCAGGUUGCAAAUAUGACGAGAGAAAAAAAAGAAAAUCUGAAAAGUUUGAAACUCAAAGGUGCACAACGUAAACUAAAACGCAAUCUUAAAAAGUUGAAAAAGCAAUGAUCUGCUGGUUUGAUAGUUGGGUUCAUCAACAGACGCUGAUCUGACGUCACCAAAACCCCUGGAACCACAUGUCAAUCAUGUCUCGUUAGCCAAUGGGCUCAAAGCUCCUCCCACAUGUGGAUUUUUGAAUUAAAACUGUAAAUUGAGGCUUGAAAAUAAAAGCCUAAAAACCCAAACCAGCAGCUGCUACUAAUGAACAUUUUGCUUUAGUCGCUAACUAUUUCAGAUUUAUUGCUUUACGUUUUCACUAUUCAAACGUAGGAUUUUUUUUGAAUUUUCAACAUUCUUCGUUUUCAAUUUUCUUUAAAUUUACAAUCUGGUUAUUUAUUCUCUUUAUCCUGGUUUGAGCCCAUGAACCAGAUUGAAACGUUCUUUGCUCCUUCCUAAUGUGCCAUAUUUAUAAAAGUGUCGUUAACUCUUGUGUUGUUGGUUUUGUGCCUUUUUUGUUCAUUCAAAAAUUUCAUGUGCUAAAAGUGUCGCCUGACCUUUGACCCCUUUAAGCUUCCCAGAACAGAUUUUCAUGCCAGUGAAACGCACAUAGUUGUUUUUGUUUUGUUUUCUUAUGAAAUGCAGAGAAAUCCAUGCAACAACCCAAGUUAGUGUCCUUUGCUUGAACACUUUAUAUGUCAUUUAUAUGAUAUACAAUCCUAAAACUGACUUUUCUUCAAAAGAAACCAUGUAUUUUAAAGGAAUUUGUUGGGGAAAUCCAGUUAUGAACUGACCUAGUUGUGUAUUUAAGGGAAGUCUUGUUGGUUUUUUUAAGCUAAAGGCCUCAGUUAGCAUCAGUGUGCAUUGAAACCAAAGGAGGUGGAGGCGAUGAAGCCCAUUGGUGUAUUUUUAUGCUCGUUUUUGUAAAGCGGAUGAAACGCGCAGCUGUGUCAGAAUGUGACGGGACACCAUUUAUAUUUGGAACUUCAAAAUAUACAGUGUAUUUUUUUGGAAAUAAAAAGAUUUUAAAUAAAA